AUGGGGAAGAAGAAUGAGGAGAGGGAGAACAAACAUGCCACCACCAACUUCUUGAUCUACUCUUCAUCCUCUGAUGAUGAGGAUGAGUGUCAAGAGGAAUGUGGAGCUGUACUGGAGAGGGCAGUAGGUCUUCAUCCUCACAAGACAAAGGGUUUGUGCAGUUUUCUGUCACUGUCCAGGACCACUCAGUUACUCUUUGCGUUUGAGUGUGGGAGGGCAGUUCCCCGCCUGCGUGAGCCCCGGCACCUCUAUGGGUCAUCUGGUCAUGCUUCCCUCACCCUCUUGCGCUGGCCGCGAGAGUGUGAGGUCAUCCCAGAGGAAAUCCGUCACAUUGAAUGGGCUCCUUCACACCCUGAACCCCUGUGCCCUUUCAUGGGCACAGGUUACAGACCUCAGGUGCCAGAGAAACAGGAGGGGAUUGUGGUGUAUGAUGCAGAAGGAGAAAAGGAGCGCUUUUUCUGUGGGUCUCGUCUGGGCGGGCGGCAUGCCCCUCUGAGGGACGCCGCAGUGCCGCUGGCUGGACCUGAUGAUGUCACCCUGCAGUUUGAGGCCCGGUUUGAGAGCGGGAACCUUCUGAGGGCGCUGAGAGUAGGAGAGUAUGAUUAUGAGCUCAUCCUGCGACCUGACCUGUACACUGAGAGGCACACGCAGUGGUUCUACUUCCGGGUCAAGAAUACCCGGGCGGGUGUGCGCUACCGCUUUACCAUCAGCAACCUGCUGAAGGUGAGCAGCCUGUAUGAGGAAGGCCAGCAGCCCCUGCUCUACUCUGAGGAGAAGGCCCGGGCCCUGAAAGUGGGCUGGUAUCGGGCGGGGCUGGAAGUGACCUACUGCUGCAAUAGGCGUCAGCACGCGGGCCAGCCCUGCUACUCACUGUCCUGGACCCUGUCCUUCCCCUACGAUCGGGACACCUGCUACCUGGCGCACUGCUACCCGUACACCUACACCAACCUGCGUGCCCACCUGGCCCAGAUCGAGAAGGACCCCGCCCGCUCUCGCUUCUGCAAAGUCCGAACCCUGUGCUUCUCCAUGGCGGGAAAUCUGGUCCCAGUGCUGACCGUGACCAACCCCGAGCCGGGUGAGAAAGGAGGGGCCCGGAAGCCGGCGGUCGUGCUGACGGCCCGCGUCCACCCAGGCGAGACCAACAGCUCCUGGGUGAUGAAGGGCGUCCUGGACUUCCUCCUGGGCGAGUCACCCGAUGCCUCCCUGCUCAGGGACUCCUUCGUCUUUAAGCUGGUGCCCAUGCUGAACCCCGAUGGCGUGAUCGUGGGUAACUGCCGCUGCUCUCUGUCCGGCCACGACCUGAACCGCAGCUACAUGUCCGUCCUGCGGGGGUCCUUCCCUACCGUGUGCGCCAUGAGGGCGAUGAUCCAGCGGCUGUGUAAGGAGCGCAAGGUGCUGCUAUAUGGAGACCUCCACGGACACAGCCGCAAGCACAAUGUCUUCAUCUACGGCUGCGAGAACCCCCGCCUCGCCCACAAACACCCGCACGGGCGAGUCUUCCCCCUGAUGCUCAGCAAGAACUGCCCGGACAUGUUCUCCUUCCAGAGCUGCAAGUUCAAAGUGCAGCGCAGUAAGGAGGGGACGGGGCGAGUGGCUCUGUGGAAGCUGGGGGUCCUCAACAGCUUCACCCUGGAGACGUCCCUCUGCGGCUCCAACGUAGGUCAGAGAAAGGGGACCCAUUUCAGCACACAUGACCUGGAGAUGCUGGGAGUCCAUUUCUGCCACACACUGCUGGAUUACUGCAACCCCGACAAAACCAAGUACAGCGCCUGUAUGAGAGAGCUGCAGGAGAUGCUGAGACAGGAGGGUGGCCCGCCCGCAGACGGCGGGACCCAGAGCAAAGACACAAACGCCUCACCCAGCAACCGAGACGCCAGCACCAGCGGAUCAAGCUCCGCGGAGUCUGAUGAGCUCCCGGCCCCCGCUCAGGCCUUGAACGAGGUACAGCCGCUCCGAAAAAAGACCCUGAAGUCGAAGGCGGAGCGGAGCAGACUCCUCCCUCUGAGAGAGAAGGUGUCAGUGAGGCAGCCAAACGUGGCCGAGCCUGUAGAGCACCUGAUGGCCGAGUAUCUGAGGGGCAGGAUGCAGGCAGGCCUUGGGCAGGCUCUCAGCGGUCUCCCACCUGUCGAUGUGUCCAACUGUCUCGCCCCCUUCAUGUGGCACUCACACCUCCCUCACCUACCCAGAGUCCACCUCUCCAAGUCCAGCAAGCUGCCGCCGCUGGCCGCAGGGGACAGGACCACUGGCCAGCUGUCUGCUGUUGAGUGGAAUGGGCCCAAGGCUCACACAGCCCCUGCCAGUUUGGAAAUCAGAUCAAACAGGUAGGAGAGAAUUUCGGGAUAG